AUGGAAGAAAACAAUACUUUGAACUGGUCCGCCCAGCUGGCUGUAACUGCUCCUCAACAAACUCCUCGUUUACCGGGAGAUAAAAUUAUUCUCCCCCAAUCUGCUCUCGAACAGCUUCUUGCCGCCGCACCACUCCAAGCUGUCCCUCCGAACCCUCGCGUGCAUACCGCUGCCUUUGAUCCCUUCAACCACCACACAUUUGCCGCGGAGUCACGAGCUCGUCAGCAGGUCGAGAAUCGUCAGCACCAGCUUCCCCACCCUCUCACGUUCCGCAUCGUCAACCCCCAGAAUGGUCGUUUCGUAUACGCGGGGAUCCGAGAGUUCUCCGCAGCGGAGAACGAGGUGGCACUGAGCGCUUUGUUGCGGGAGUCACUUGGUAUCCAGGAUACUGAGUUUGAGUUAUAUACGAACGGUGCGACACAAAAUAUAGAGGAAGGGGAGGCACAAGAUCAGCCAGCUGCGUCAGGCCCGACUGUCACGGUGCACGCAAAGCAACUGCCCAAAGGCACCUAUGUACGAUUGCGCCCACUUGAGGCUGGCUACGACCCGGAGGACUGGAAAGCCUUGUUGGAGCGACACUUGCGGGAUAACUUUACAACUCUCACUGUCAAUGAGCUAUUGAAUGUCCCCGGGACACGCAAAGAGUCUUUCCGAUUUUUGGUUGAUAAGGUAUACCCAGAAGGGGACGGGAUUUGUGUUGUAGACACAGACUUGGAGGUUGACAUUGUUGCACUAUCGGAGGAACAAGCCAGAGAGACUCUGAAAAAACGAUUGGAACGGGCUGCGCGGGCACCUGGUACAACGAGCGGCAGCUCAGUUGGUGGCGUUCUUGCUCUCGGGGAGGAUGUGGCUGCCCAGGUUUUACCAGGGGAAUAUGUUGACUACGAGCUUCGAGAAUGGAACCGUGAAGACGCACUCGAGGUUGAACUCAUCACAGAUGACCCCAACCUCUGCCUUUUCGUGAGUCCAUUGGGUUCGCGUCAACAAGGCCGCCCUCGAACGGACAUGCAUGUUUGGGGAGAUUUUUCGAGCCAGUCUCCCAAGCGAGUUAAGAUUCAGCCAACAAAUGUGGCCCUUGAAGGAGCCGAAGCUCUGUAUAUCUCAACACACGUCAAUUCUUUUGCCUCGGACUCUGAGGAUACCACACCUGCGCAGCAAUCUCCAGUGCAAUACCACCUACAAAUAACCGCGAAUACAUCAGAGGAAAAUACGGAGACGGACGAGGCCCAUGAGUCUGGUGAUGUUCAGUGUCAAAAUUGUCGACAGUGGGUACCGCAGCGGACAUUGGUCCUCCAUGAGAACUUUUGUCUCCGAAAUAACAUUCUUUGCUCUCAAUGCAAUAAUGUUUUCCAAAAAAGAUCGCCAGAGUGGGAGAACCACUGGCACUGCCCUCACGAUUCAGCGCACGGCAAUGAUGCCUCCAGCAAACUUAGUCACGACGCUAUCUUCCACAGCGCUCACAGCUGCCCUGAUUGUACUGCUCAAUUUGAAGGACUUCCCGCACUGGCACAGCAUCGCACCACCGACUGUCCAGGCAAGUUAAUCCUAUGCCAAUUCUGCCACCUGCUCGUGCCCCAGAAAGGCGAAGCAGAUCCCGAUCUCCACGAUCCCGAAGUCAUGCUAUCCGGCUUAACGCCACACGAGCUAUCAGAUGGCGGGCGAACCACUGAAUGCCAUCUAUGCAACAAGAUCAUCCGACUCCGCGAUAUGAACACCCAUCUUCGACAUCAUGAAUUGGAGCGCGUUUCACGUCCGCCUCCUCGCAUAUGUUUGAACCAGAAUUGUGGCCGCACACUUAAUAGCGCAAGCAACGGGUCCCUCGGUCUAUGCAGCAUCUGUUACGGUCCGCUAUACGUGGAUACUUAUGACCCAGAAGGCGCGGCGCUUCGACGCCGCAUUGAACGACGCUAUUUAUCUCAAAUGAUGACCGGUUGCGGCAAACCGUGGUGUCAAAAUGAAUACUGCAAAACCGGGAGACAAAAUAGAAAACACAUAGAUUCCUCUUCUCCAGCCGCAAUGGGCGUGGCUGAUAUUAGGAAGGUAACGCGCCCGCUUAUCGAAGUCAUCAACGUCAAACCUGAAGUGCCCAAUACAUCGCCGUUGUACUUCUGCACGGAUGAAACGGGGCAGAUUCGUCGCAACUUGGCGGAGAUGCUCUCUGCCGAGGGCUCUACAGCCGAUGGCAAAGCAUAUGCCAUUGCGUGGUGCGUUGCUGGUGCCGAAGCGGCUGGUGGUGAUUUAGAGAAGACCAGAGAAUGGCUGGCGAAGUGGGCGCCAACGCAGGGUGAGAUGAGCAGGUGA